UUUGUGUAUUUUUUUCGUGUACUAAAUUGAUAAAGUAGACAAAUGUUAUAAAAAUAUUAAAAUAAACUAAAAAAAAGAUGUUUCCUGCAUACGUACAUUUAUCAGCUUACGAUCGUCACAAAAAAAUAAUCAAUGAUUAUUUUUUUUACAAAGGAGGCUCUGCGCUAAAUCUUAAACGAGACACGUCCCGGCGCAAAACUGAUUAUGAUGUCAUCAAGGAGAAUCACAGAUUUCUUUGGGACGAGGAAGAGGAUACUCCUGACACUUGGGAAGCUCGGCUUGCCAAAAAGUAUUACGAUAAAUUAUUCAAGGAAUAUUGUAUUUGUGACUUGACUUACUAUAAAUACAACAAGGUGGCAUUAAGAUGGAGAACAGAGCAAGAAGUGGUUGUAGGAAAAGGUCAAUUUGAAUGCGGGAGUAAAAAAUGCAAAAUUAAGGAAGGAUUAAAGUCCUGGGAAGUUAAUUUCGGCUAUGAAGAGCAAGGAGAGAAAAAAAAUGCUUUAGUUAAAUUAAGAUUAUGUUCUGAAUGUUCAGAUAAAUUAAAUUAUCACUCUCAGAAGAAACAAGUUCAUAGGAAGAAAAAAGGAUUGAAACGUUUGGGUACGACGUCGGAUAAAUACGAGACUCAAUCUACUGCAUCGAGUUCAACAAACAAUCAAGAUCAAGAUGAAAUAAAAGUAGAACCAGAUGAAGAAACUAAAGAAGAUUCAGGAAAAAAAGAGGAGGAAAUUUGGAAGAAUAAUCCUUCAGAAAGUAUUGAAAAGUCCCGCGAAGAAGAAUUUGAAGAAUAUCUCGCUGAUCUUUUGUUGUAAAUAAUGUAAUUAAUUUUUAUUCUUAUAGUUUUUAAAUAAAUAUAAUUAAAACACA